GCCUCGACGCCAGUGCGGAGGCGCGGUGCCCAAUGCCCGAACGCAGCCCCAAGCGGUGACAUGACAUAUUCGACAGCUCAAUGGCCCUGCUGGCCCGGCCCCUCGGCCCGCGCGUUGCAAACCCAAGGCAACAAGUAUGCUAAGCGAGUGCAUUCGCCUCGCAAAAGAGCACCACGUGCGCGCAGCUGGGGUUCUUUUGCCCGUUGCGUCCAGGGUUCUUGGGUCGGGAACCGUUUGCGUGUCGAUGUCGCCGGUUUUAGUCACGCGCGCUAUGAAAGAGUUGGUCUCAAUAACAACGCAUGUUUAGUUACGCGUUCUGGGUCCACUACUGCGUUUGUCAUGACUACGCCCGCCGCGCCCACCUCUCCGGAAACAAGAGUUUCACGCAAGCGCGCUUGUUUUUUUCGUUGGCGACCCCAAAUGAUACGCAUCGUGAUAUUGGAUUUCACCGAUGUCCCUUGCAGGCUGAAAGGCCCGCUGUGCAACAGGCUGGCCUCAAGGCCUCCCCUUGAUGGUAGUUGCGGGCCGGCCCCCUACAUAAGCGAGCAGAGGCAUACCUAAUUCUCAUACGCAUUUUCACAUUCAGCUCUUCACCCACCGAUCACCUUCAGCACUCGCACCUCCACCCACCGCCCCCAAACUCGCUCGCCCAGGUCGCUGCUUUUCUCCGACGACAAUGGCCCCGACGUUCUCGUGUACUGCCCGUCAGGGCGCCUCCGCCUCUGCUCCCCAGCUGACGGGCGCCGCUCCGUCGCGCCACUACCGUCGCAGCACCACCACCAAGGCGCCGCGCAAGCGCACCUUCCUCGUGGGCAUGACCCGCUUCGACGCCCGCAUGGAGCUCGGCGCGGGUCUGGCUAGCUCUGCCUGCGGCGCGGCGGGCUCUAACACGCUCGGAGGCUCGUGUCAGCUUCUGUCGUGUGGGGGCGACGACAACUCCGGCCGCAUCAACAACAACAGCUUUGGCGGCAACGGCGGCAACAACGGCGGCAGCAACGGCGGCUUCGGCUUCAGCAGCGGCGACUUCGGCAUGCCGGAGUCGCGCAUGGGCCGCGCGCUGAUUGGCGCGUUCGCGCUGACCGCGCUGGUGGCUGCCUUCCCCGAGCAGUCUCGCGCCAUGCUGGGCAGCUCGGCGACCUCGCCCGCGGUGUCGCCCAACAGCGGACUGCUGAGCGCCUCCCGCGCGGAUGCGCCGCUGGGCCGCGUGUCCACCGGCUCGCGCAGCAGCUCCGGCCGCUCCAAGGUUGUGCACGUGGUGGGCCGCGACAGCACACUGGUGGUACCGCUCACCCAGGCGUCGCUGCCCGACAGCCAGCUGCUGUCCCGCAGCCCGGUCAACGGCGGCUUUCUGUCGGGCGGCGGCCGCGUGCGCAUCGUGGACGCUCCCAUCCAGCUGACCCACGACGAGGUGUCGAUGAUUGCGGAGAAGCAGUACCGUGUGCGCGAGAGCAUGCGGGUCAACUAAGUCUUUUGCAUUUUUGCAAAAGCAUCAGAGCCUUGAUAGGAGACGCCGGGUGUGAGGGCGCGGGUUGCCGGCGAGAUGAUCGCUCCAUAUUGACCCGAUCACGGCUGAACAACAUUGCUAACCGCCGGCGCCGGGCAAAGAGAGCCGGGCCGGCAACACGGAUUCCUAGGGAGCAGCCCGCUUGUGAUGACAUGGCAAACUGCUUUGAUCGAGUCUAUAUUACGUCUUCUUGGCCGGUGCUUGCGGCGGGGUGUAUGGCGCAGCGCGCUUGCCUGGUCCGUGUCUGGUGUCAGGACGCGCUCCCGCUCGCACCCUGUGUGCGUGGACGUGGACUAAGCCGCACGUGCUUCGCAUGCCGCGAUGUUGCCAUGCCCUCGAGAGCCCAGCCCAGCUUUUCUUCUGAAGUGUCAUCAGUACGCUCAAGAGGCAUCUGUAUUUGUGUUUGCCACUGAUGCGCCGGCUUGCAUGGCUGCGACAAGCAGGCAUGAACAUUGAAGACGCAUGCAUGUAUGCAUACCGGCUGCUGAAGUGGAUGGGAGAGAGAGAAGACCAUUGAUAUUUCUAACGGUAUCCUUGCUGGUGCUGGCUUAUCGUGUGCGGACGCCUCGGCGCCGAGCCACUGUGCAGACGUGUGAGGGUUCUGGGUAAAUCACUGCCUGGGGCCAUGCGCCCACCCGCACGUGCGCAACGUGUCGAGUGUGUUUUGCAUUCGAGGACGCACUGUAGGCAUGAUGGAUGCAAAGGCGCUACACAUGUGGCUGUAACGACGUUUGGAAAUGGGCAUAUGCGUGGAUGCCAGUCCUGCCAGAUUUUGAUGCAUUUGGUUGUGGGUCCUUCCUUCAUGGUGAGGUGGGCAGCAGCACCCAAAUAAAGCAGUGUGCAGUCGGCAUGCACGCUUGCGUUGCUGCUCACAGAGCGAGAGAGAAAGGUAUAGAGAGUAAGCGUACAUAUAGCACAAGGGCACGGCCUGUGGCGGGCAGGGCCGCCCUGUAAGCAUCUUGGUAC